GGCGGCCCCACCUGACCCUCGCGAGUCGCCCGGCCGCAGCCAUCCGCCCUCCCGGAUCCAGGCCCCGACCUGCCCGCCCUCUCCUGCCGGCGCCUCCGCCUCCGCCUCGGACCCCAGCCCAGCUCCCCGGCCCGUAGGAGUCCCUGGGAACUCCAGCCUCCCUGGCGCGGCAGCGUCCCACCGGCCCGUCGCUCCGCUCCGCCCCGAGCCGGCCCGUCUGCGUUCUCCGCGGGCGCUUCAGCCCCCGUGCAGCUGACCACACUUGUUGCUGCCCAGAACUUCCUCCUCCCGCGGCGGCUUCUACCUACGCUCUACCGCUCACGUCAGAGGAAGCGGGGGACAGCAGGUCCCUCGGCCGGCGCCACCUCUCCUCCCCGCCCAAGAGGAGGGAGCAGGAAGAGGAGGAAGGCGGCAGCACGAAGACACGCCAGCGACGGAAGGGGGGGACGGGGUCCCGGCGCUCCCCCUCCUUCUCCCUUCCUCCCUCCCCUCCCUUCCUCCCUCCCCCGGAGGUAUCCAUCACUAACAUUAUAUUGUGCUGAAGAUGUCUAACAGCAACACCACACAGGAGACACUGGAAAUAAUGAAAGAAUCAGAAAAGAGGCUGGUUGAGGAAUCUUUGAACAAAACCAAAUUUGUAUCCAGGUCACCAAGCAAAGACGAGCUUGAGAAGGACGGGGAGGAGAGCAGUGUACGGCAAGAAUCUCAGAGGAGAACAUCCAAUCAUGGGCACGCUAGAAAAAGAGCCAAGUCAAAUUCAAAACUGAAACUAGUCAGGAGCCUGGCUGUAUGUGAAGAAUCCUCUAGUCCCUUUGUGGAUGGGCCUUUGGAAACCCAGGAUAUCAUACAUUUGCACAUCAGUUGCCCAUCUGACAAGGAAGAUGACAAAUCUGCAAAAGAUGGUCCCGAGAAAGAAGAAAAAGAAAAAAACAAAGAGAAGGCCCCCAAGAAAAUGUUGUCUAGAGAUUCCAGCCAGGAAUACACAGACUCCACUGGAAUAGAUUUGCAUGAAUUUUUAGUAAAUACACUGAAGAAAAACCCAAGGGAUAGGAUGAUGCUGCUAAAAUUAGAACAGGAGAUCCUGGAAUUUAUUAAUGAUAACAACAAUCAGUUCAAGAAGUUUCCUCAAAUGACCUCAUACCACAGAAUGCUUUUACACCGGGUGGCUGCCUAUUUUGGCAUGGACCACAACGUAGACCAAACGGGGAAAGCUGUCAUUAUCAACAAGACCGGUAACACAAGAAUCCCUGAGCAGAGGUUCUCUGAACACAUCAAAGAUGAGAAGAGCACUGACUUUCCACAGAGGUUUAUCCUCAAGCGAGACGAUACCAGCAUUGAUCGAGAUGAUAAUCAGAUUAGGAUCCCACUGCAGGAUGGACGAAGGAGCAAAUCUAUAGAAGAGCGAGAAGAGGAGUACCAGAGGGUGAGGGAACGCAUAUUUGCACGGGAGUCGGGCCAAAAUGGAUUCCUGAAUGAAAGCAGACUCGCCAAAGAAGGCUUUUCUUCUAGCUCUCACAAAAGGCGACAGAUCUUUAG